AUGCCGGUCUGGGCGAUCCCAGAGCCCGCGUCCAUUGGCAUCAUCAUCAGUUGGCAUCGUCCCCUGUCGCUCGCUGGCCCAGUGCUUCCUCGACUUCUAUUUGGGUCCAACCCCGUCGAUGCUUCCAUUGUGAAAAAACUCACCUUGUUCCUCAACAUCGAUGUUGAUGAGCCUGGUUGGACCGCUAUGUCACACAGCAAGAGACUCUCCCAAUCGUUGAAUGGCAGCUGGACACAGGAUAGCGGUGGCGCUGUGGCCUCGAGUUUCAUCGCUGGCUCGGACAGAGAGGCUGGGGAGUGGACGAAAGUAUGGAAAUCUGUGGUCGCUAGAGACUUGAUUGACUCGAGGAUCGUAACUAUUGGUGCUGAAACCAGUGUCGAGGAAGCCUGCGACCGCUUGCUAUCGGAGGAUAUCCCCUGUUUGGUGAUCAACAACACCCUUGAAGAAGCAGGAGGCCAGCAACGCUGGCUGGGCCUGUUCGACUUCGCUGAUGUGAAUGCCUUCCUUACCCUAGCUGCCACGAGACACACCUUUUCGUUGGACGGGUCAGACGGGGAUCCUAGGCGAGACAAGAUUAUUGAUGCUGCCAAAGCUGGUGUCGUCGCUGUUCAUCUCGUUAGCAAUCUUUCUGACAAGAAUCCGCUGAUAUGUCUCGACUACGAUGCCACUGUCGUCUCCCUACUGGAAGUCUUCUCCCGUGGUAACCAUCGAGUCCUGAUACGAGGGAAAAGUGAGGACGUUGAUUGUUUGGGAAUAGUUUCGGAUCGCGGGUUGUUGGCUUGGUUUGCCUCGUUUGCAAAGUCGACUCCGUCUUUCCGUGAUUAUCUCGCCAACCCCGCGCAUUCUUUGUCACUCCCGUCCUUUAAUGCCUAUGGCUCCGUCGUCGCGACCACUUCUUCUGCCAGCACUCUCGAUGCGAUGAAACUGAUGAGUGAGGAAGGGGUCAGCAGUGUCGCAGUUCUGGAUGACGAGACGGGUGCGCUUUUGAGCACUGUCAGUGUCACGGAUGUUGGCAAACACCCAGACGGCUCGACUGACGGAGUUGACAAGUAUCCAGUGUACUCCGUGCUGCCCUCGAGCCAGCUCCGCUACACUAUCGAGAAGAUUCUAGCGAUCCUGGCCCAUUUCGCAACCUUGGCCGGAAUCACCAAUGUUGACCCGACAGAAAUGCAGCGUCAUAGACGGAUGUCUUCCUCUUCCUCGGGAUCGAGGAUCAUGAUGGAUUCCAUUGGCACUCGCUCCAGGUCUGGCAGCUUUUCUGCCACUGGGAUACGUCGCAGUCCGAGCGUGAUUGCUCUCAGUCCGUCAGGUAUACCGCCUAUGGAUGGAAGUGCGAGCCCGAUUGCUGGGCUGGAUGGUUUGCCGAUACCGAUAGUCGUCCCUGAACGGAGAAAGAGCGUUCGGCUCCACAAGGUUGGGUCCAAGACGGCUUUGCAACCUGGUUCUGCUCCGGGCUCGUCGUCUGGUACCGGGGAUGCGAAUUGA